AUGAAGCCCACUGGCUGGACAGCUGCUCAGUGGCUGCUUUGUCUGCUCUUUUUGCGGAUCUCGGGACCAGGGCAUUGCUACCUUUACAACAAUCGCUAUGCGGGAGAUAAGGUGAUACGGCUAGUCCCAGAAACAGAGGGGAAGGCGCAUGUACUGAAGAAUGUAUGCCAUCGAUUUAAGGUGGACCUAUGGCAGCCCAGCAGCAUCUCCUAUAUCUCGGAAGGAACGGUUACAGAUGUCCAUAUUCCCCAAAAUGGCUCUCAAAUCCUGUUAGCCUUCUUACAACAAGCCAACAUCCAGUACACGGUCUUAAUAGCUGAUCUUCAGAAAACAUUAGAAAAAGGAAGCAGCUUAAGGGCCCAACGAAACCGUAGAUCACUUCCAGGAUACAGUUAUGAAGUUUAUCACUCUUUAGAAGAAAUUCAAAAUUGGAUGCAUCAUUUGAAUAAAACCCAUUCAGGUCUCAUCCACAUGUUUUCUAUUGGAAAAUCCUAUGAGGGAAGGUCUCUUUUUAUAUUAAAGCUGGGCAGAAGAUCCAAGGCUUACAAAAGAGCUGUCUGGAUAGACUGCGGUAUUCAUGCAAGAGAAUGGAUUGGUCCUGCCUUUUGUCAAUGGUUUGUAAAAGAAGUUCUUCAGACAUAUCGAAGUGAUCCUGCCAUAAGGAAAAUGUUAAAUCACCUCUAUUUCUACAUCAUGCCUGUUUUUAAUGUUGAUGGAUACCAUUUUAGCUGGACCAAUGAUCGAUUUUGGAGGAAAACAAGGUCAAGAAACUCAAGGUUCCGUUGCCGUGGAGUGGAUGCUAAUCGUAAUUGGAAGGUGAAAUGGUGUGAUGAAGGGGCUUCUUUUCACCCUUGUGACGAUACAUACUGUGGGCCUUUUCCUGAAUCUGAGCCAGAGGUGAAGGCCGUAGCUCACUUUCUCCGAAAACGCAAGAAGCACAUCAGAGCCUACCUCUCCUUCCAUGCUUAUGCACAGAUGUUGCUCUACCCCUAUUCUUAUAAAUAUGCAACAAUUCCCAAUUUCAGCUGUGUUGAAUCUGCAGCUUAUAAUGCUGUUAAUGCCAUUCAUUCAGCAUAUGGGGUCCGCUAUCGAUAUGGGCCUGCAUCAAGCACCUUAUAUGUGAGUUCUGGCAGCUCAAUGGAUUGGGCUUACAAAAAUGGAAUACCCUAUGCAUUUGCUUUUGAACUGCGUGACACUGGGCACUUUGGAUUUUUGCUCCCAGAGUCUCUAAUCAAGCCAACUUGUACAGAGACAAUGCUGGCAGUGAAGAAUAUCACAAUGCAUCUGCUAAAGAAGUGUCACUGA